AUGAUUUUCGAUCAACUACUCAUCUCUUCACUGCUUUUUGGAACCCUUGUCAUGGCUGAAUACGAAGGACACUACAAUAAUUGGACUGCUGAGGAGAAGAACAAUGCAAACACCCUAAUAUGGAUAUUGAUUGUCGUUGGAGUCCUCAUUUCGAUAUCUGGAAUUGCUGGUGGCGCAUUCUUCUAUAUGAUGAGAAAGAGGAAUAGUAUGAAUAAUCAGGGACAAGUAAUGGUGGUGCACUAA